AUGAAGGAUCAGAAAUUAAGGAAAAUGCUAAGUAUUAGCGCAGUAAUCCUUGUUCUUCUUACGGCAGCGUGCCAGGGGAGCAGGGGUGAGUUUGAUGAGAAGGAUGCUGGCAGCGUUGAUCUGUGUGUGGGAGAAAAAAGAAAGGCAGCUGGAACAGGUAGUUCUAUGAAUCCGUCUUCUACUGGCCAAUUUAUAGUAGGCACUAAAAAACAAAAAAAAGAAUGCAGUGCAUCGCAGAAAGAGUCCAAUGCUUCUGAUUCAGAGGAAGAGAUUGACAUUAUGACAGUGGACGAUGUGCAGCCAAUGCAGGUCGAUCAGCAAGUUUUGCCGAGUGAAAACAAACAAGAAGAAGAAACAAUGGAACAGAUAAGACAGAGAAGGCGAGAAGAAGCAGAGGCGAGAAGGCAGAAGGAGCAAGAGAAGAAAGAGGAAAGAGAGAGAAAACAAGAAGAAUUAAGGAUACAGAUACAAGAUAGACAAAGGAAACUAGAAGAGGCAAAGAUGGAGAGACAGAAGAAGCAAGAGGAAAAAGAAAAGAAAAUGGAGAAAAAAGAGUUAAAAAACAUGAGCAAUAUCAAUGCUAGUCUAUGGAACAACAGAAGACUGGAGAACAAAAGAAGAAGAGGGUACAAAACAAAACACGAGGCAGUUCAUGUCACCAAAAUUUCCGAUGAAAGCGAAUUUAAAGCCACAAGAACUGCGGCAUAUCAAAGAGCGUUUAGAAACUAUAUCAAGAACUUUUCUGAAAUAAUUUCCGAAGAGGUAGAAAAGAAUAAGCUGUGGUACUGCAUUGCAUGUGAGUCCACGUACAUAAGAGGUAGGUAUAAGGCUCUUUUGACACUGCGAGAUCUAUUUAAAAAUGGCAAUAAUAAGGAAGAUGCUGAAUGCACGGAAAAAGUGAGAAAGCUGGAGGGAUACUACCCGAGUGUGUUUGACGAGAUGAUAAAAUACAAAAACAAACACCAGCCUAUGUUAACAGAUACAAUCAAGCCUCUAACAGAGUGGAAGGAGACCCUGGGAGAUGUGUACCUUCGAAAAAAUCUCCAGCCAAACUAUCAUCUGAUAGACAAGAACAGUGAUGUCAGGAAGUACGACGAGAAGUACCAUGAGACAGUGCGCGCAGUGUGCAUGGUUCUGGUGCUGCCUGAGGUGUACGAGGACUUCUCGACGAUGGAUAUAGACUAUGUGUCCGCUGUCCAGACAUCAGACAAUACACUCAGAGAGAGCAAAAAUAAGAAAAUCCUUCUACCACUGCACAGAAUAAUUGAAAAGGUUAAAAAUGAACAGGAGGUCACAGAAGACAUGUACAAAAACCUCUACGAUGCCUUUGUGCUGGUAUACAGCGCAGAAGAAAUGCUAGGACUGACAGCUGCGUGUCUGUACAGGGAUAUGUACAUCUCUCUUGCAGACUUCUAUGAGAAUGCAAAAGUCUAUUACGAAAUCCCAAGGACUUCCAAUAACAAACCAAAGGCUUCUAAUAGCAAACCAAAGGCUUCUGAUGACAAACCAAAAGCUUCUACUAGAAAAUCAAAGGCUUCUGAUGAUAAACCAAGACCUUCCGAUGACAAUAAAUACAUUCUGCUGGGUAAACCCGUGAUAAAACACCAAAAGCAUGCGGUGUACACAGUAGAAGCAGACAUAGAGUCAAAGGAGGUAUACACAAGAGCAAAGAUCGUAAAACGUUCAAUUGACGAGAACAACUGGACAGUCUCAGCGAAUGUAUGCGACCACUACCAUGUGUACUAUCUGGACAACGACACAAACUAUCUUAGGCUGCUGUGCAUGCCCAUCUAUGAAGACAAAAGAGGAGUGAAGCACUACCUGCACACUAUCGACGACAUAGUAGAGUACAUAAAAGACCUGCACGGGAUAGAGCCAGAGAAAGACCACGUGCAUCCGUUUAAAGUGGACAGAGAAACCAGUGUGUGGUCGUACGUUAAAGAGGAUGAAGAAAGAAGGCAGACAGUCAAGGACUUUGCAGGGCACGAGGUGGUGUUCUACCGCAUCGAAGAGGACC